AUGCUGCCCGAAUGGUUCCCCCAGGUGCCUCUUCAUCCGGCCUACCUUGGAGACAUGUCACCCGACUACGAGGACUACCUUGCUGACAUUCGGCGCUACGAGGAGGAGACGAAAAAGUACAAGAGGGCCUAUCGGCAGCGGCGAGGUGUCCCCAAUUCGGCUGCUGCCGUUGCAGCUGAGGUCGAGCAACCUACAGGAGCUGAGCUCAUGACAAAGGAGGAGGGACCUGCGAUACAGGACUCAGAAAUGGAACACUCUAUGACCGAUUGA